ACACAGCAAUAAUGCGCAUGCGCCGAGCAGUGACGUGUCGAGAAAGUGUCAAACACAAGGAUGUGAAAAAAAGAAAAGAAAAGAAAGAUCGAAAAGUCUCUAGAUAAACGUACUACUCCAUGUAACAGUCGCCACUGCGCUAGUCUGGAUGACCGUGCCUCUGGAACCAGCCACGACCCGCUCCGCCUCACUUGGAAUUGGGGAAAUCGGUUUAACUCACUUGUGAAGCCGCGACAUUGACCGCCGAGCUAACUUAGUUAGCGACAGUUGAGCUAACCGGAGUCGGUAACGUUAACAGUAGCGCGGUGACCGGCUUAGCUAACACGACCAUGUAACUAACGUAACGCUGGCAGCGGAAACGAUAGACGGACUCUUGGCUUAGUUGUGUCGGUCGUCUCCCAUUUUACUCGCAUUUUACUCGGUGUUCAUCGCAGCGGCAUCCAGCCGGGGGCAGCUGGCUGCGGGACCGAUACCCUCACGUUCCCCGGGGGAGAGGAGGAUGUCUCGGAGGCGGCUGGACAGCCGCAGCGGGCUCGCAGCGGGGCUGCUCGGGGAGAUUCAGACCCCGAUCAGCACGGAGCCGCUGGAGAGUGUGUACGAUAUCACCGGAGAGCUCGGGAGGGGGAAGUUUGCCGUGGUGAGGCGCUGUGUGGAGAAGGCCACCGGCAAAGUGUUCGCCGCCAAGUUCCUCCGGAAGAGGAGGCGAGGUCGCGACUGCCGGGCAGAGGUCAUUCACGAAAUGGCCGUCCUGGAGACGGCCCGCAACAACGCCCGAGUAGUCAACCUGCACACGGCGUACGAGACGGACCACGACAUCGUCUUACUGCUGGAGUAUGCGGCCGGUGGAGAGAUAUUUGAUCACUGCGUGUCUGAGGAGUUGCUGCCGGAGGCCCAGAUCACCCGUCUGAUAAGGCAAACCCUGGAGGGAGUCCACCACCUCCACCAGAGCAACCUGGUGCACUUGGACCUGAAGCCGCAGAACAUCCUCCUGACCAGCCUGUCUCCUCCGGGAGACAUAAAGAUUGUAGACUUCGGCCUGGCGCGCAGACUGGGCGUGGUCGGAGAGCUCCGAGAGAUACUUGGCACGCCUGAGUAUGUGGCUCCUGAGAUCCUGAAUUAUGAGCCCAUCACGACGGCGACCGACCUAUGGAGUGUGGGUGUCAUAGCCUACAUGCUGGUGACGGGCGAGUCUCCGUUCGCCGGGGAUGACAAGCAGGAGACGUAUCUGAACGUGUCCCAAGUCAACGUGGACUACAGCCGGGAGGCCUUCUCCAGGGUGUCUGAGUUGGCCGUGGACUUCGUCCGCAAGCUGCUGGUCAAGACCCCAGAGGACCGGCCCAGCGCUGCAGAGUGCAUGAGUCACCCCUGGCUGUGGCAGCUCUGUCUGAGCCCCGACCCGGCCACCACCCGUCCGCGAACCGUCCGCGAAAGGAGCUGCGGCACCAAGUGGACCGCCCCCCCCGAGGACCCCGAGGACAAAGAGAACUUCCUGGAGUCGCCCCACUCGCACGCAAAAAAGUUCCGCUUCGACGAGGAAAGGCCCGCCGCUGGAGACGGCGACUUUUGAGGAAAAAUGUAAUACAAGCAAAACUGCGAGGAAUCGAAGCCCGCUUCUCCUGUGAGCUUUUAAAUUAAAAAAAAAUAAUUUUAAAGCCUCCAGAAAACCAGCUGUCCCCACUCAAAAGUAUUCACAAAAUGUAACUAAUUUCCUAAAUUCCAAGAUCCACCACUCAGACCAAAGAUAACCAGUUAAAUUCUGAGAUCUGACACAUCGCUGUUUUAAAAAAGAAAAAGGAAAAAAAAAAGUGUGAAAAUUGUACAGUGUGUCUCAAUUAAUGCAGUGUGUUUAACCUAAAGUAUUUAAUUCCUUUCAUUGUUGAAAUCUGGUAGCUGCAUGAGCCCCACUCCGUGUCGUUCCUGUACUGAUGAAGGCCACCGUGAGUGUUUCUAGGGGAAUCUAUGCAAUACCUCUCUUGUGCAUUUUAAAUCACAAGAAAUUGUUCAACUCGUUAGCGCUCUGCCUUCAGGUCGGAAGUGAAGUGUUCUUAGUCACUUGUGCUUCAGCAGAAACGUGUGCGACAUCGAGCUAGGCCCCGCUGCAAUGAGGAAGUGUGGUAAUGUCCUCGUCUGCAGCAUCGAGGACAACUAGGGACGGUAAACCUUUCAAACACUCUGCUGUCUUAUGUUCUAUAUGUCUGCAAUAAUUCAAAUGUAGCUCAGGGUUUUCAAACUCUUUUCUUUAUGUUUAUAGGUCCAACCUCUGAACAAAGCUUCCCACAUGUACUAUACGUUAUCAGACAGAACGGUUUCUCACCAGCAACAAAUCUUCACAGAUGGAAACUUAAACACCAGAAAGACCCGGUGGCUCACGCGGUCGUUCACAUGCCACACCCGCACUUACUCAAAUGAUUUCCUCAGCGGGCUAAAGGUUCCUCUUUUGUUAGGCGCAAGAAGAGAGAGAGAAGCUCGACUUUAGCACUUAGUUCAAAAGCACACGUUUGAUACCGAUGAGCGGAAAGUAGAAACUCUUCACGAGAGUCUGUGUUUGCUUGUCCUUUUGGAGCCUCGGGGCAUGCUGCUCGCUAUCUGCUCAGUUUGUGUUGUAUUCUUAAUGUUAUUCUUACAGGUUUAUUAUUAUUAUCAUUAUUUAUGUGCUGGACUUAUACUUUAUAUUUUUGAUGUAAAUAACGUGUCUUAUAAGGAAGUGUUGAUUGCGGGAGAGGAUGAUUACGGUGUUAUUUAAAACAACCUGUUGUGGUCAGUGUGCUGAAUAGUAAAUGGAAAUGUUGGGACUGCAGUGGAUCGGGGCGAUGAGAGGAGGUCUAGGUUGUCGGGGGGGUCCUGGGAGGUGAAGCGAGACGAGGUGGUUUCAGCCGGGAGGGAGGCGAUGGAAUACUGGAGAUAAGUCGGUGUUGGAAGAAGUGAUUGAAGGAAGAGUUUGAAUAGUCGUAACCGUGUUUAGAUAUAUCGUCAUGGAAUGCUUGUUGGGGCGACGAGGAAGUGAGAGCGAUGAUUUGAUGUCGUUUCAGAAAGAGACGGACGUGACGCUGCGUGAUGUGAAAAUACGAGGCGCUGUCGGGUCACAGGAUUUGCCAUCUUUUGUUCACUUGAAUGAACUCUCCUGAACUCCGAUUGCUCUCAAUCCCCAGUGAAACAGUCCUCUUGUUGUUGUGAGGUGUCGAACCGAAUAAGACCACAUUGUGUUGUUUUUGUUGUCGUUGGUUGUCGUCACUGGCUGGUACAAUGGCCUUUGUCUGGGAGAUGGGUGUCUCCAGUCACGGCCGUGCUCUCAUCUGUAUGCUGUCAUCCUUGAAAACUGGAACAACACGCUGUAAAAUAUAUUCAUCUCCACGAGCAGUUUAAUCUCAGAUUCCACUCGAGCCGGUCAUAAUGUGAUUCUCCGAGCAGCUGGAAAGAAUAUUUCUUCAUCUCCUGAGUCAAGUAUUUUCACAGUCGACCAUCGUUUCUGAUUCCGCUCCAAAUUGGCGUCGGAGUCUUUUCACAAAUGUACUGAGCUCAGUUCUACAGAUACGGUUCCUCUUCCUGUGACAGAAGUAUUAUCUGUAAAGAAAAACUUUAAAAACUAGUUUUUACGACUUGACGAGACCUCGAGAUGAGAGGCUUGUUUUGCAGUGCAGGGAUGUCACUUUGGAUGACGGGACGUGCGAAGCGGCUCGUGUUUGCCGGCAUUGUCCGUCUCAUCACUUGAACAUGACCUAUGCUGUGGUGUUGAAUUUGUUCUGUCCAGCUAUUGUGUGUGUGUGUGUGUGUGUGUGUGUGUGUGUGUGUGUGUGUGUGUGUGUGUGUUCAUUGUUUUGGGCGGGAGGAGCUCAGCAUCCUCGAGGAGCGGCACAGCAGCAACAGGCGACCGAUGUCGCCCGACGUUCCCAUUUAGUGCGACGUGACCGCAGUGAGACCGAAGUGUGGAGAACAGUCAGGCCAGCCACCAGCAAAUACAUGUUUCAGAGAUUUAUGUUUAUUUUGAGUUUUAUAUUUUCUUUUUUUUAAUGUAUGAGCGUUAGAAUUGCAUCUGAAAUGACAAACAAGACACAAUCCUUAUUGUAUUCUGAUCAACUGCAGACUAAUAUGUAGGCAUCACCAAGCAAACUGGAAAAAGCUCAUUAAAGGUUGUAGAAAAUA